UAUAGUUAGCGGGCUACUUCAGGCAGUGAGGUAACGAUAUUUAGCUAACGUGGGCGUAAUUGUAUCCAACUAACGUUAACGCUAGCUACAAGUUUACUGGUUAAAACGGUUUGAUAUCGAGCUAGCAGUUUGUUUGUCUAAACUGUCUUCAUUGCUUGCUAGCAUGAGUCAUAACCUAGCGGUCAAACACGGAAAUUGUUCCAAUUGUUUUUUCAUUCAUUUGGGGAUUUUAGAACUACUUCAAACAAGGUAUGUUUGUUUUCAUGUAACGUUAGCUAUAGUAGGCUUUCCUUGGCGUGACGUCUUGAUAACCGUAUAACUCUCUCAGACAAGGUGACUUAUCAAUAUAUUCGACUUUAUUUACUCUAAUUCUAAUUAGCAUCAAAGUACACAUACAAGACUAUAGCCCUUGAUCAGGACUCUUAGUUCCAUACACAUGAGUCAUUGGUUGAAGGCGUCUUGUAGGGGGGGUGGUUUGUUAAGCGCCACGACGCCCGGUCUGAACAUUAACACGCAGCGCUUUCGGUGCUGUUUUGGAAGCAUAAAGACCUUGGACAUCAUGAGUGCUGAUGGUGGCAGAUUCCCUAUUGACACCUCUAACUGUUUACCUGUGAUGGCUGAAUGUCCACAUUUAGAUGACAACUCAAGCGACACUGACAACUGGGAAAGUAGUCUUCACAGACACUCAAGUGCCCAGCCCCGCGUUCCAGUCCCUCAACUAGAGGCCGACCUGGUCAACAUGAACCUGCAUGGCGCCAGCGGAGGCCUCGAACGCUGCAGGGACAGUGAUCGCCGGAGGUCUAGCGACCGCUCCCGAGACUCCUCCCACGAGAGGGGAGAGGGUCAGCUGACCCCUUGCAUCAGGAACGUCACCUCGCCCACCCGACAGCACAACAGCGAUCGUGAGCGGUGCGAGGGUGGUUCUUCCUCCAGGUCGUCGAGUCCUCGGCCCCCCAGGGCCUUAAUCUCCGUGGGGCCCAGCUGCAUCGCAGCGAGCAGGAGCAGCCUUUUCAGUACUGAGACCCACUGUAAGAGUCUGGGCCAUGGACACGUGCACGGUCCCUGUGACCACCUCUACGUCUAUGAGAACGCAAAGGAGGGGACGCGCACAUUACGGACCGCCGAGAGGGUCACUCUGAUAGUGGACAACACCCGCUUCCUGGUGGACCCGGCCAUCUUCACCGCCCAGCCCAACACCAUGCUGGGAAGAAUGUUUGGAUCCGGGAGAGAAUACAAUUUCACUAGGCCCAAUGACAAAGGAGAGUUUGAGGUGGCAGAUGGAAUCAGCUCAACGGUUUUUAGAGCCAUCCUGGAUUACUACAAAUCUGGGAUAAUCUGCUGUCCUGAUGGGAUCCCCGUUCCUGAGCUGAGAGAAGCAUGUGACUACCUCUGCAUCUCCUUUGACUACAGCACCAUCAAGUGUAGAGACCUCAGUGCACUCAUGCACGAGCUGUCCAACGAUGGGGCGAGGCGUCAGUUUGAGUUCUACUUGGAGGAGAUGGUGGUGCCGCUGAUGGUCGCCAGCGCCCAGAACGGAGAGAGGGAGUGUCACGUGGUGGUCCUGACUGACGACGACGUGGUGGACUGGGACGAGGAGUACCCUCCGCAGAUGGGAGAGGAGUAUUCACAGAUUAUAUACAGCACAAAACUGUACAGAUUCUUCAAGUACAUAGAGAAUCGAGACGUUGCCAAAUCAGUAUUAAAAGACAGAGGACUUAAGAAAAUCAGACUUGGAAUUGAAGGUUAUCCCACCUACAAGGAGAAGGUGAAGAAGCGUCCCGGCGGCCGGCCAGAGGUCAUCUACAACUAUGUGCAGCGGCCCUUCAUCCGCAUGUCCUGGGAGAAGGAGGAGGGCAAGAGCCGCCAUGUUGACUUCCAGUGUGUGAAGAGCAAGUCCAUCACAAACCUAGCAGCCGCCGCUGCAGACAUUCCCCAGGACCAGCUGGUCAACAUGCACCCUGGCCCUCAGGUGGACGAACUGGACAUCCAGCCUCAGCCAAGCUACCACUACGAGCCAGACCCAGACGCCCCCUCACCGUCUGUCUGAGACUGGGCCCUCUCAGAGUACUGUUUGACAGCAGAAACCAAAUUGCCUUUGCACCUCUUCUGCAGCCUUAAGGCAACAAAAAAAAAACUGGUAUAUAUUGUCAACAGCUUGGGAAGGAGUAGCAAAGCACACAAUUGCCUCCUUGUACUGUUCUUAACUGACCAAAGGAGAUCUUUUAUCAAGAAUAUUUGAAUCACAAACUUGUCUGUGGGUGUGGUGCUGCUGUGUACAGUACUGUAGUUCCUAAAGGGUUUGGUUUUAUCCACUUCUGCUUGCUCUCCCUGUUGUGGUGCGGGUGAGACGGGAGACUACCACCAGAGCACCUGGGGAGCCUCACUGUGAUGCUUUGACCUCAAUAAAGAUUUUUAUUUAAUA